AUGGAGAUUUAUUCCCCAGACAUGUCUGAGGGAGCUGGCGGGAGGUCUUCCAGUCCCUCCACUCAGCUGAGUGAGGACCCAUCUCUCGAUGGGCUUCCGGCAGCGGAACACAUGCCAGACACCCACACAGAAGAUGGGAGAAGCCCUGGACUCCUGGGCCUGGCGGUGCCCUGCUGUGUGUGUCUGGAAGCUGAGCGCCUGCGAGGGUGCCUCAACUCCGAGAAGAUCUGCAUUGUUCCCAUUUUGGCUUGCCUAGUCAGCCUCUGCCUCUGCAUUGCUGGCCUAAAGUGGGUAUUUGUGGACAAGAUAUUUGAAUACGACUCUCCUACCCACCUUGACCCUGGGGGGUUAGGCCAGGACCCUGUUAUUUCUCUGGAUCCAACUGCAGCCUCGGCUGUUUUGGUGCCAUCCGAGGCAUACACUUCACCUGGCUCUAAGGCUCAGUCUGAAGCCAAGGCUCAUGUUACAGUGCAAGGUGACCAUGUGGCCUUGGCCUCUGAACCUUCAGCAGUACCGACCCGGAAGAACCGGCUGUCUGUUUUUCCUCCCUUACUACACUCCACUGCACCGCCCUUCCCUUCUCCAGCUCGGACCCCUGAGGUGAGAACAUCCAAGUCAGGAACUCAGCCACAAACAACAGAAACUAAUCUGCAAACUGCUCCUAAACUUUCCACAUCUACAUCCACGACUGGGACCAGCCAUCUCAUAAAGUGUGCGGAGAAGGAGAAAACUUUCUGUGUGAAUGGGGGCGAAUGUUUCAUGGUGAAGGACCUGUCAAACCCCUCAAGAUACUUGUGCAAGUGCCCAAAUGAGUUUACUGGUGAUCGUUGCCAAAACUACGUAAUGGCCAGCUUCUACAUGACUUCUAGGAGGAAAAGGCAAGAAACAGAGAAGCCUCUAGAAAGAAAAUUGGAUCAUAGCCUUGUGAAAGAAACGAAGCAUCUUGGGAUUGAAUUUAUGGAAGCGGAGGAACUCUACCAGAAGAGGGUACUGACAAUUACUGGCAUCUGUAUCGCCCUCCUGGUGGUUGGCAUCAUGUGUGUGGUGGCCUACUGCAAAACCAAGAAACAGCGGCAGAAGCUUCAUGAUCGGCUUCGGCAGAGCCUUCGGUCCGAACGAAACAACAUGGUGAACAUAGCGAACGGCCCUCACCACCCGAACCCACCUCCAGAGAACGUGCAGCUGGUGAACCAAUACGUGUCUAAAAACGUCAUCUCCAGUGAGCAUGCAGUUGAGAGAGAAGUGGAGACCUCCUUUUCCACCAGUCGCUACACUUCCACAGCCCAUCACUCCACGACUGUCACCCAGACUCCUAGUCACAGCUGGAGUAAUGGACGCACAGAAAGCAUCAUUUCAGAAAGCCACUCUGUAAUCAUGAUGUCAUCGGUUGAGAACAGCAGGCACAGCAGUCCAGCUGGGGGCCCACGAGGACGUCUUCAUGGUCUGGGAGGCCCUCGUGAAUGUAACAGCUUCCUCAGGCAUGCCAGAGAAACCCCUGACUCCUACAGAGACUCUCCUCACAGUGAAAGGUAUGUAUCAGCCAUGACCACCCCGGCUCGUAUGUCACCUGUAGAUUUCCACACGCCAAGCACCCCUAAAUCGCCCCCUUCGGAAAUGUCUCCACCCGUGACCAGCAUGACGGUGUCCAUGCCCUCUGUGGCAGUCAGCCCCUUUGUGGAAGAAGAGAGGCCUCUGCUUCUUGUGACACCACCAAGGCUACGGGAGAAGAAGUAUGAUCAUCACCCCCAGCAACUCAACUCCUUUCAUCACAACCCUGCACUUCAGAGUACCAGCCUUCCCCCUAGCCCAUUGAGGAUAGUGGAGGAUGAGGAGUACGAAACGACCCAGGAGUAUGAGCCAGUUCAAGAGCCUAUUAAGAAGGUCACCAAUAGCCGGCGGGCCAAAAGAACCAAGCCCAAUGGCCACAUUGCCAAUAGGUUGGAAAUGGACAGCAACCCAAGUUCUGUGAGCAGUAACUCAGAGAGUGAGACAGAAGAUGAAAGAGUAGGUGAAGAUACACCAUUCCUGGGCAUACAGAACCCCCUGGCAGCCAGCCUUGAGGUGGCCCCUGCCUUCCGUCUGGCUGAGAGCAGGACUAACCCAGCAGGCCGCUUCUCCACACAGGAAGAAUUACAGGCCAGGCUGUCUAGUGUAAUCGCUAACCAAGACCCUAUUGCUGUAUAAAACCUAAAUAAACACAUAGAUUCACCUGUAAAACUUUAUUUUAUAUAAUAAAGUAUUUCACCUUAA